AUGCCAGAACCAGCCAAGUCCGCCCCGAAGAAGGGCUCCAAGAAAGCGGUGACGAAGAGCGCCGGAAAGGGCGGCAAGAAGAGGAAGAGAAGCAGGAAGGAGAGCUACGCCAUCUACGUGUACAAGGUGCUGAAGCAGGUCCAUCCCGACACCGGCAUCUCGUCCAAGGCCAUGGGCAUCAUGAACUCGUUCGUCAGCGACAUCUUCGAGCGUAUCGCCGGCGAGGCCUCCCGCCUGGCUCACUACAACAAGCGCUCCACCAUCACCUCCAGGGAGAUCCAGACCGCCGUCAGACUGCUGCUGCCCGGUGAGCUGGCCAAGCACGCCGUGUCCGAGGGGACCAAGGCCGUCACCAAGUACACCAGCUCCAAGAUCCAUGAAGACAGCAGCUGCUGAUGCUGCCGUUGGUCAGUUGGUGGCGCUGAUGGAGCAAAGAAGGUUCAUUAUUAAGCAGCAGGAAAA